UUUGUUUGGGUCUCACACAAUUAACCAAAAACCCUUCUAAAACCCUACCAUUACCAAAUUCAUAUUUCACUGCUUCGUUCAUUCGCAGUUUUCAAUUUCUCAUGAAUCUCACUUUCACACUUCCUUCCUUCGUUCCAACCAUGCACCGCCUUCCACGGCGAUCUUCCUCCCUUUCUAACAUUCUCCGACUCGGCGUCGCUCUUCGCCGUGCCACACUUUCCUCUGCCUCGGUGGCUGAAAAUGACGCCAAAUUCAGGUGUUAUUCUUCUUUCUUACGCUCUGACACUUCCAGUGCUCAGCCGAAUUGGAAAAGGGGCAUGUUUUUGCUCAAACGAUAUCAAUCUACUACUGCUGCUGCUGAUGAAUCUUCUGCUGUGUCGGGUUCCGCGUCUGCUCAAAGAUUUGAGUACCAACCAGAGGUUAGCCGUCUCAUGGACCUCAUUGUUAACGGUUCAAACAGUUACAAGGAUGUGUUUGUUAGGGAACUUAUCAGCAAUGCUAGUGAUGACUUGAAUAAGCUGCAAGUUCUGAGUUUUACAGAGCCUGAACUGUUGAAGGAUAAUGUUGAUUUUCAUAUCCUCAUUAAGACUGAUAAAGAUAAUGGGAUUAUCACUAUUACAGAUACGGGCAUAGGUAUGACUAAGAAAGAACUAGUCGAUUGUCUUGGAACUAUUGCUCAAAGUGGAACUGCAAAGUUUUUGAAGGCUUUAAAGGAUGGCAAAGAUGCUGGUGGUGACAACAAAUUAAUUGGUCAAUAUGGCGUAGGAUUUUUUUCCGCCUUUCUGGUUUCUGAUCGGGUGGUUGUCUCAACUAAGAGUCCAAAAUCUGAUAAGCGAUAUGUUUGGGAAGGAGAGGCAAAUGCGAGCUCAUAUACCAUAUAUGAGGAGCCUAAUCCUGAGAAGCCUCUUCCUAGAGGAACUCACCUUACACUGUAUCUUAAGAGGGACUACAAAGGGUUUGCUCAUCCAGAGAGGAUUGAAAAGCUUGUGAGAAACUACUCGCAAUAUGUCCCAUUCCGGGUAUUCUUCUGGAAGGAAGAGGAGUACACGCUUGAAGGUCUGGCUGAAGCCAAAACAGAUAAACAAGAUGAGAAUACUGAGAAGAAGAAAAAAACUAUAACUGUUCCUAUGAAUUAUUGGGACACCACCAUAAAUGAACCUGAACCUAUUUGGCUUCGUUAUCCUUCACGAGUCGAAAGGGAGGAGUACUUAGAGUUUUACAAGAAUACUUUCAAUGAAUACCUGGAGCCAUUGGCAUCAUCAUCACACAGGUUCUCUGAGAAAUUGCAAAAGGAGAAAUUAAAGUAUGAUCCUGAGAAUGAGUUAGUGUUUACGUCUACACUUUAUGUUCCUGCCAUUGCUCCCUCAAGGAAGGAUGACAUAGUCAAUCCCAAGACCAAGAAUAUUAGACUUUAUGUGGAGAGAGUGUUCAUUUCAGAUGACUUUGAUGGAGAACUGUUCCCCAGAUACUUAAGUUUUCUCAAAGGUAUGGUUGAGUCAGCCAAACUUCCAAUCAACGUGUCACGCGAAGAAUUUCAGGCGAGCCCCAUAGUGCGGAUUAUGAGGGCACACUUGGUUAGAAUGGCUUUUGAUAUGAUUGCGGGGAUAGCCUUUAAUGAUGACAGAGAGGUCUAUGAGAAGUUCUGGGAGAACUAUGGCAAACACUUGAAAUUGGGUUGCAUUGAAGACCAUGAGAAUCACAAACGAAUUGCUCCAUUGCUUCGGUUUUUCUCGUCCAAAAGUGAGGAAGAACUGAUAAGCUUGGAUGAGUAUGUUGAGAACAUGAAACCUGAUCAAAAGGAUAUUUAUUACGUUGCUGCUGACAGUGUGUCUAGUGCAAAGAGCUCACCUUACGUGGAGAAACUUGCGGAGAAAGAUCUUGAAGUCCUGUUUUUGGUGGAGGAUCCAAUAGACGAGGUUGCCAUUCAAAACCUUAAAUCAUACAUGGAACUGAAUUUUGUUGACAUUGGCAAGGAAGACUUGGUUCUAGGCGAUAAAAAUGAAGAAACUAGAAAGGGAGAAGGAAGUGUUGAAGCUCUAGAAGCUGAGGUAGUUGUGAACCCACUGACGCUGGUGGUCAGAAGUGAAAAGACUGUCUAGAGAUUUUUCGUUUUCUGAUCCUUAAUUCUAUGUUGCUUAGCGGAAUUACAUUUGAUAUUGGUGGUAUAUAAUUCUAUAUAUAAUCUGAUGGACAUUUAGUA